UAACUGAGACGAUCAAUAGACUAGAGAUCUACUAUAAUCACUUUACGAUCACAGUAUACAUGUAGUACACCUUUAAAUUUUAUUACUGAGCGCGCAGGAUGCCUCGUUUGGAUUCAGACAUCAAAUUGGAUUUCAAGGAUGUCCUAUUCCGACCAAAGAGAAGCACCCUUAGGAGUAGAGCUGAUGUGGACCUAUGCCGUGAAUUUGUGUUCCGAAAUUCAAAGCAGCAUUAUAAUGGUGUUCCAGUGAUGGCCUCCAACAUGGACACAGUAGGCACUUUUGAAAUGGCUCUUGCCCUUGGGCAGUUUGAUGUUUUCACCUGCAUCCACAAGCACUACUCUCCUGAAGAAUGGGCCAAAUUUGCUGAUGAAAAUCCAACUAUUUUGAAGAAUGUAGCUGUGAGUAGUGGCAGUGGGGAUGUCGACUAUACGAAACUGAGCGCGAUUAUUAAGGCUGUUCCUUCCGUCCAGUACAUCUGUCUAGAUGUCGCUAAUGGAUACUCGGAGCACUUCGUAGACUUUGUGCGGAGAACACGCAAGGAUUUUCCCAACCACACGAUCAUUGCUGGUAAUGUAGUGACUGGAGAAAUGGUGGAGGAGCUUAUCCUUAGUGGAGCUGAUAUCAUCAAAGUGGGAAUAGGACCUGGUUCAGUGUGCACUACCAGAAAAAAGACUGGAGUUGGUUAUCCCCAAUUGAGUGCAGUCAUAGAGUGUGCUGAUGCUGCACAUGGUCUCGGUGGACAUAUCAUUUCCGAUGGGGGUUGUACUUGUCCUGGAGAUGUCUCUAAAGCAUUUGGUGCUGGGGCCGACUUUGUGAUGUUGGGCGGUAUGUUUGCUGGCCAUGAUCAAAGUGGGGGAGAGAUAGUUGAAAAAGAUGGUAAGAAAUUCAAGACAUUUUAUGGAAUGAGCUCAUCCACUGCCAUGAAGAAGUACCACGGUGGAGUCAAAGAAUAUCGUGCAUCUGAGGGCAAAACAGUGGAGGUGGAAUAUCGUGGAGACGUUAAUAGCACCAUACAGGACAUCCUGGGUGGUGUGAGAUCUACUUGUACUUACGUCGGUGCCCAGAAACUCAAAGAGCUCAGUCGAAGGACCACCUUUAUUCGUGUUACUCAGCAGAUUAACCAAAUAUUUAAUUAAGUAGGUGUAUGCAACAUGAUAUAAAUUCUAACUAUUUGAAAAUGUAUGUAUGAUUAUUAUUAUUGUCCAUAGGUGCAGUGGAUGAUCACAGUUUGCAUAAAUUAAUGUGUUCGUCUGAGGAUAAA